CUGCUUCACUGACUAUGCUAAAACCUUUGAUUGUGUGGAUCACAACAAACUGGAUGGAAGCAUGGUGGAUGGAACUUGGACGGUGGAAGUUAGGUGGUGGGUUGUAUGGGACAGUUGUUGGUUUAUUGGUGGUGGGGGACCCAUGGCAGAUGGCUGAGGUUGGCUGGUGGUUGGAUGAUGAUUGGAUGGUAGAAGAGACAUGAAUAGAUGGGCGUAGUAGAUGACAGUGCCUGGGUAGCGGAUGCUGAAUGGUGGAUUGUGGGUGUGGGCUGGGUGUUGGAUGUUGGGUAGAUGAUGGUGGUGAGGUGAGGUGCGGAUGGUGGAAGGCUGGACCAAAAGGCGUGCAUCCUGGCCUCAGGUGUCAGGUCUACACGCUGGCUGAAUGAGACUGUCCCUUUGGGGGACUGGAAUCAGGGAUGAAGAGGGGCCUGGGGUGGUGGCGCUCUCCCGCCGCACACGCACUGGCCCUCACACUCCGUGUGCCCCUUGUCCUCUUCACUCCUCCUUCCAGCUGGAGCGUGUCCUCGCUCUGAUCCAUCUAGUCGCCCUGAAUUCCGCCCCGCUGAAUUCUGGAACCUCAAACUUGAGGCUGCGUGCCUCGAGUGACCAGGAUCAGGUGCUGGGGCGCUGCGGUUUUGGCAAGGGGGGAGAUGGCGCGGGCGUGCUACCUGGGAGCUGGACCUGGGAGCGCGAGUGUGGACGAGGGGCCGGGCGAGGGAGCGCUUGUGGGCGGAGAGCGCGCGGGAGGAAGGCGGGGAGCCAGCCAGGGCGCGCGGACUGGCAGCGGCGGCGGAGCAGUGCCGGCCCUGCGCGAGCACCCGCCGCGCUGGACAGCAGCUGCGGCAUGAGUGGCCCCCAGCCCGCUGCCGCGCCCAGGCUGGGCUCAGACAAGCAGGCCGGAGGCCCGGCAGAGGCUAUGGUGGGUGCCCGGGAGAAGGGCCCUCGGCUGGGCCAGCGGCUGCCCUCGAUCGUGGUGGAGCCCAGCGAGCUGGGUGCGGUGGAGAGCGGGGAGCUGCGUUGGCCUCCAGAGGGCGCCCAGAGGGCGUCUGCCCAGAGCCAGGCUGCUGCUGGCGAUUCCCCCGUCCAGAUGUGGCCCCAGGCCUGGCACACAGCCCCCUCACCACGUCCACCAGGAGAAUCACCGGGGGAGGCUCCUGACGGCGAGCGUGCCAGCUCCACGGGCCAGGUCCCCUGCUCCCAGCCGUAGGACAAGGACCGGCCGGAUCAUGCCGUCCCCGGGCUCUGACAGCUGAGAGGGGGCCUCUGCCUCGGAGGGGCUGGGCUGACGCUUUGAGAGGCCUGGGCCUGCCCGGGCACCCAGUGGGCACAGCUGACCACCACCCCUCCUGCCUCACCAGGUCCAUCAGUACCGCUCUCCCCCACCCCCUCCCAGCCGCAGCCCAGGGUUUGGAUCACACCCCUCCUACUUCUCUGGAGGGAAGCACAAAUAAAGGCUCUUCCUGGUGGUCACUGGGCACACUGGGUGGGGACUCCAGGGGCUGAGGACAAUUUGGGUCCUGCCAGUGACCUUCCAGGCGAGGGUUUCUGCUCAGAGCUCAGGCUGCCAGACCAGAGUGACCACUGGCUGUCCCACACUGGACGUGGGGGUGGCUGGUGCAGCUGUCGUGUCCGCUCCUGUGGCACCCUGCCGAGACCCUCUGCCCCACUUCAGCUGAGGCUGAGACCAGCGUCCUCCAGGUGGCCUCCCCACCUCUCCUUGGGGCCUCCAGUCCUGGCUGGCCCCUGAGGGCAGGACUCCUCCUGUCACCCCUUACCAACUCUGAGUGCAGUAGGACAUAGGAAUGGUACCUGGGUGGGGUGCCCUGUCCCAGCUUGAAUCUUGCAUAGUCCCAUUGUACAGAUGGGGAAACUGAGGUGCCCGAGGCUAGUGCUGGCCUCAACUAGCAUAGGACUCCUGAAGUUGGGAAGCCACCACCCAGCCAGACAGACAGUCCAUGCAGGAGACUGGGUAGCACCUCUUCCUGAGCCACGUGAGGGGCCUAUCCCUCCGAGGGGUCCAGCGACAUGGCUUCUUGGCUCUGCUGACUGGUCAGGGUGGACCUGGGGCGCGGAAACCUGAUCACUGCCUGGGUUCACUGUCCAGGUGUGCCACCCUCUCUCCCAUCACCGCAGGCCUGAUCCAGGCCUGACGAAGCUCAGGGCCGGGCAAGGCGAGCCCUGAGUAAAUGUUAGCUCAGUAAAUCCACAGGCCCAGUGGGUGGUGCAGGGUCAGAGUCAGCAUGGAGGAGGCAGAGGGAGACACAGGCCCCUCUGUUCUCUCCUGCAGGCCUCGCUAACCUCCAGGAUGAAUAAAGCACUUUCCAACCCGCCUGCCUUCUAAAAAUAGCCCAGCCCCCAAAUGCAGGAGAGGUGGGAAGCGGAAGUGCAGAAGUUUGCCUGGCAGCCAGCUUUAAUUUUAACCCUGUGGCCAGUAUACAGGGCCCAGGCUGGCUCCUCUUAGGGUGGGGGAUUGGGGGGAUUGGGCUGUCCUUCAAGGUCCCUCCCGUCCUCCUCCGGCCCUUCCUGUCGCCUCCACAAGGGGGCAGGGGACAAACAUUUCACAGAAAGCCUUGCCAGGGCUUGCGGACACGGGGGAUUUGGGUCCAGGGCUCGAGCAAGCCGGGAGUCCUUCCCAGGCAGGGGUUUCCCGGUGCGGAAUGUGUGUGUGUGGCGGGGGAUGGUGCUGAGAUUUCAUUCUCGCCCCUCCUGGGCAGGGUGUCACAGCGACUUUCUAGAGGUCCCGUGGCUGAUAAAGAGCCGGGCUGAGGCAGAAUUCCCGGUGCGCCUGGGACCUAAGCGCCAGAGUGCCCACAACGCCACCCUCGAGCUCACCACCGAUCAAGGCAGAUCUGGGGAAGAGACGCCGCCUCAACUGGGGGUCUCGGGACCCCGUCGUGCCCCGGGAGCAGGGGAACGGGGGAGUCAGCCCCAGGGAGGAAGCCCGGUGGGGCGGAGCAGAGU